AUGGCUGAAAUCGCUGUUACUGCCGUCAUCACUGUGUUAUGUGAGAAGUUGAUCUCCGGUGACCUUAUGAAGCUAGCUGGAUCGGAAGGGAUCGAUUCUCAGCUGAAAAAAUGGAAGAACACCUUGCCUCUGAUUCAAGCCGUGCUUGCUGAUGCAAGUCAGAAGCACAUAACAGACAAAGCUGUUCAAUUGUGGGUGAACAAUCUCCAGGAUUUGGCUUACGACAUAGACGAUGUACUCGAUGAUUUGGCCACUGAAGCUAUAAGACGCAAUUUGAAUAAAGAAGCUCUUGCCAGCACCAGUACUGGUAAGCUAUUGAAGUUCUUCCCAAAUUGUUGUACUAAUUUCACUCCUCACAAUUUCAUGUAUGGUCGGAAGAUGAGUUCUAAGCUAGACGAAAUCACCACCAAAUUGUGUGAUCUUGUUGACCAAAGGAAGGGUUUGGGUUUGAAUGUGAAUGUUGAAAGGUCAAAUAUAACGGAGAGACGGUUGGAGCAAACUUCAUUGGUUGUUGAGUCCAAAAUCAUGGGUAGAGAAGGGGAUAAAGUGGCAUUGAUGGGGAAGUUGUUGAGGAAUGAAGAAUGUGAUCAAAAUGUGAGUAUAGUAUCGAUAGUUGGUAUGGGUGGAAUAGGCAAAACCACUCUUGCUAAACUUUUAUACAACGAGCAGGAAGUGAAGGAUCACUUUGAACUCAGGGCAUGGGUUUGUAUUUCUGAAGAGUUUGAUGUAUUUAAUAUUAGCAAUGCUAUUUUUGAAGCUUUAGGUGGGGACAACAAAAGAUUUUCUAAUCUUGAUCCGCUUCAUGUGGCCCUCAAAGAAAAACUUUCAAAGAAGAGGUUCAUGCUUGUUCUAGACGAUGUCUGGAACGAAGACCAUAGUAAGUGGGAACUCCUCCAAAGUCCUCUUCUUGUAGGUGCACCUGGAAGUAGAAUUAUUGUCACAACCCGGAGUACCAUGGUUGCAUCGUUGAUGGACUCAGAAGAAUCUUAUGGUCUGGACGUUUUAUCGAAUGAAGAUGCAUUGUCAUUAUUUUCUCAGCAUGCGGUAGGUGAAAAAAACUUUGAGAAACAUCCAACACUUAAGUCGCUUGGUGAAGGUAUGGUGCAGAAAUGUGGUAGAUUGCCUUUGGCUUUGAAAGCACUUGGGAGGGUCUUGAAGGGAAAUAGAAAUGGUGAUGAAUGGGAGAAGUUGUUGAAGAGUGAGAUAUGGGAUAUAGAUGAUGGAAGCGAGAUUCUUCCGGCUCUAAGACUAAGCUAUUAUCAUCUCCCUCCACAUUUGAAGCAGUUGUUUGCAUACUGCUCCUUAUUUCCCAAGGACACCGAGUUUAAAAAGAAUGAGUUGGUCCUGAUGUGGAUGGCAGAGGGAUUUUUGUCCCAAUCAAAAUCAAUGGAGAGGUUAGGUCAUCAUUAUUUUGAAGAGCUACUGUCAAGGUCUUUUUUUCAGCAAUCAACGAAUGACGAGUUCGAAUAUACAAUGCAUGAUCUGAUGAAUGACUUGGCCACAAGUGUUGCAGGAGAGUUUUUUUGUAGAUUGGAUGGUGAGAUGGAUGUAUCUGACACAAAUGAAGUUUUUGAGAAGCUUCGUCACUUAACAUUUAUAGCUUCAUCAUCUGGAUCAUAUAGAAAGCUUAAGCAAUUACAAACUACUCGCUUGCACACUUUCUUAGGAAUUUUGAUUUCUGAGUCAGACUAUGUUUAUGAUGAAUUAAUUCAUAAACUACAGUUUGUAAGGGUGCUAGCACUUACUGGAAUCACAAUCACAGAGGUACCAAACUCCAUUGGUAGUCUCAAGCAUCUACGGUUGCCAAAAAGUUUUGCAAAGUUAAUAAACCUGCGACAUCUUGACAUAAGUAAGACUCCGAAUUUGAAGAAGACGCCCUUAGGGAUCGGUGGGUUGACGAGUCUACAAACUCUACCCAAGGUCUUUAUUGAAGAAGGUAACGGCUUCAAAAUAUCCAAUCUUAAGGGCCUAUCGGAUCUUCAAGGCCGACUUUCGAUUAAGGGGCUGGACACAGUUAAAAAUUCAAUAGAAGCAAAGGAUGCCCACUUACAUCAAAAGAAAGGUCUUGAUGUUUUGAAGAUGGAAUGGAGUGAUGUGUUUGAUGAUUCUCGGAAUGAGAUGAUUGAAUAUGAAGUACUUAAAGAACUAAGGCCUCAUCCUAAGUUAAAAAAGCUCAAGAUUUUCAAUAACAAUGGAAUGCGAUUUCCUACUUGGGUUGGCGAUCCCUCCUUUGAUCAGUUAACAGAGCUUAAGUUAUGUGGUUGUAGAAGUACAUAUUUACCAACACUCGGACAUCUGUGUUCUCUUAAGAAAUUGGUUGUUGAAAGGAUGAAUGAGGUGAAGACUGUGGGUUUUGAAUUACCUGCACCUACAAAUUCUUUUCCAUCACUUCAAGUUCUGGAAUUUGGUCAUAUGCAAGGUUGGCAGAGGUGGUCAAUUAAUAGUGGUGACGGACAUGAAACUCCUACAUCAUUUCCUCGUCUUCAUAAACUAUCUAUCAAAUGUUGUCCAGAACUUGAUGAAGUGUCAAUCGGAUUGAUACCUUCACUGCAGGUCCUACAUAUAGAAGAAUGUUCCAAAGUAGUGUUAAGAAGCUUGGUUGGUUUGUCCUCGUCACUUGUUAGAUUGAAAAUGGUGAAUGUUAAAGGACUUACUCAACUACAUGGAGAAGAAUUAAUGCAUCUUAGGGCACUUGAAGAGCUACAUAUUCCAAGAUGUGAUGAACUGAGAUACUUGUGGGAACGAGAAUCAGAGGCAUGCAAGAGUCUUGUGAGUUUACAGAAGUUGGAAGUAUGGAAUUGUAAAAACUUGGUUUCAUCAGCCGAGAAAGUGGCUAAUGUUGGGAUCAGCAUGGAAUCACUUAAAUCUGUGGAAUUUCAUGACUGUGAGACAUUGGAGAGUUACAAUUGUCCAAAUAGUGUUGAGAGGUUGGUCAUCAGUAGUUGUGCCUCAAUAUCAUCCUUGACCUUCUCAGCAGUGCAGGAGCAGCCAUCCCCUCUUACUGAAUUGAUAGUCGGUGAUUGUGAUAACAUAAAAUUACAACCCAAACCCAUUCCAGCAAAAGACUUCAGUUUGUCUCGCCUAACAUCUUUUGAUAUUAUUUCUUGGAAGAAUCUAAAGUCAAUCCCUUAUGAGCAUUUUCAAAGUCUCACAUCUUUGGAAGAUAUGAUAAUACAAGAUUGUCCAAGUAUGGACUACUCCUUCCCUUGUGGGGUGUGGCCUCCUAAUUUACGGAUGCUAAGCAUAGGUGACUUAAAUAAGCCCAUUAGAAAAGGUGCACGUUGGAUCGAGGCUGUGUACAUGACAUCAGUGAGGCAAAUCAGCUAAAUAUGCACGGGAUGGACGUUGAAAAAAGUGAAAAAAAAGUGAAGGCAGAUAAAGAAUCAAUGAGUUUCAAAAAAGGCAUUAUUUAAAGGGAAAAAGAUAUUACUCCAAAAUAUGAUGGGAAAAGGCAUUAUUUAAAAGGGAAAAAAGAUAUUGAUGGAACUGCCCCUGCACUGUUGGCAGGAACACAGGUUAAAAUAGACACAUGCAUUUGAAUGAUCAUAUUGACUAUUUCGAAAAACAUUGCACCACACCUGAUAUUACUAAUAUUUGAUUUGAAAGUUUGUAAUAAAUCUUGUUUUAAGUAGAAUGCC